UGUCGCGAGCUUCCAAGCCAUUAAGACUGGUUUCUUGCUGGGAUUGAGCGCAUGGGAGAUUGUGGACUGCUGUCGGUCAUUGGAAGAUGGGGUCUUUGACUGCAUACACAACAUCGGCGGCCUCUGCGGCGCGACGACUUACCCUCUUUACACAGGGCAAUGCAAAAACAACUCGUGCCAAGCGGUAGCUACGGUCCGGGGAGGGAAGGCCGUGCAAGCUGGUAAUGUACACCGAAUGGAACAGGCAUUGCUGAAGCGCCCCCUGGCGGUACUCAUGGACGCCAGCAAAGCUUCGUUCGGGCGAUACCAAAGUGGCAUCUACAACGACACCGACUGCAACAAGACUGUCAUAAACCACGCCAUGCAAGUGGUGGGGUACGGGGAGGAAGACGGACAAGAGUUUUGGAUUUGCAAAAACACCUGGGGUCCAAAAUGGGGAGAGGAUGGCUACGUUCGUAUGAAGAAGGGAUUAGACAUUUGCGGCAUUGAAUCCCACGUUAGUUACCCAUACUGACACGAGAUGGAUGAACCACAAUGUUGUGUGGAGCGAAACACAGCUGUGUUUAUAACCAACACGCUUAUUACGAAAUGACGGUUAUAAUGAACUGUGUUGUUUUUGUCCCGUCCACUAUAUUUUAGUCUCGAUGUGUAUGACGAACUACGGUUAUAACGAACUAGUUUCCCCCGGCCAGUCGGUGAGUUUAGUGUCGAUGCGUAUAACGAACUAUUGUUAUUGCGAAAUAAAACAAAUUUCCCUGACUUCGUUAUAACCCUAGUAUACUAU